AUGCCAACUUACAAAUGCAAUGUAUCUAGAAUCGACGAAGAAUUGAACAUCAUAGUCCUUUAUCCCGAAAGAAGUAAAUAUUUAAGGUGGAAAUUACCUAACGUCGUACAUUUAAUUCAGCAGGAUCUUAAAAUCAACAAUUCGUUUGAUAUCUUUCAAUUGGACUGCGCUUCUAAAAUUCGUGAAGCGCAUCAAUUUAUUCUAGAGGAAACUGAAGUAGAAAUUCGUAAAGCAACCGCUGCUAUUUGGAAAAGUGCAGAAGAAGGUGUAAAAACUGAAUAUUACAAAAUUAACAUGGAAUAUAAAAAAGCUUACGAACAACGCAACGAAAAAUUGGUCGAUGCUGUAGCAGCUGUUGGGAGUCUCGGAACAAUAGCUUAUAAUUUCGGUAAAUUUAACGACGACGGUAUUGUUGAAAAUGUUAGAAAAACAGAAGAGAAGUUAGAAAGUGAUGGUUUGGGCUUUGACUCACUCGGUUGGCUUGAACUAAUUGAGCAUACGAAUUUUGAAAAUGCCUUUGUCGACAUCCUUGAUAGAAAUGAUAUAAAAACGGAACAGGAUUUGGAC